AUGAUUGCCGGAAUUGUCUGGCAGGUCUUUACGCUAACUGUCUUUGGUUUCCUUGUCGCACAUUUCUUCUGGAGACUCAGGAGUGAGAGAAGGCACGGUGCCAAUCCAACGGCCAAACAGCUCUGGGGUAGCAGGAAGUUUAAGUUAUUCCUUGGAAGCACAACCGUUGCCUUCCUAUUUAUAUUCAUCCGAUGUGUUUAUAGAAUUGCCGAAAUGGUUGGUGGCUGGAGAAACGAGAUCAUGCAGGACGAAGUCUCCUUCGUUGUCCUUGAGUCCUUCCUAUGUCUAAUCGCUGCUCUGCUCAUGACCGUCUUUCAUGCAGGGGACUGCUUUCCCCAGAUGAGAAGCGAUUUUGUGGCUACUAAAUUUGCUGACUCGCUCCCCUUGUCUUCCGCCGACACAUCCUAUACUGCGGUUCACAAACAGCCGCUUAUGCCUGGCGAAGAUCAUUGA